UUAAUGUAUCAGACACUCUAACCUCUUUAGCCUAUGACUUUUGAAAGGUUAUCAUUAUUUACAUAUAUAGGUUCUACAGAUAGGAAUCAAAACGUGUACUUUAUCAUCAUUCAAAAUUACCUUUUCGAAUUGAAUCAAAUUUAGGGUGCAUUUCAUGAUUUUUGAACGAGCGUAGAAAGUUCUUACCGAUGACCCAAGUUAGAGCCUCAAGUCGUCUGUUCACUUUGACUCAUAUUUUUCAAACUUUCAAGCUGCACAUAUCAGACAGUGAAAGUGACCGUUUUGCCUAUCGAAUGGGAAAACUGCAACCAGAAUCAGAAAAAAUGGCACAAGGUGUUUGCACUUUAGCAUGGUGGUGGUUCCUGUGGCAUAUUUGGCACGACUAUGAUAUGAUCACCGGAGAGUUCCCAAACCUGUUUCCUCAAGACUGGACCGAUGAAGAGCUUGGCAUUCCCCCUGAGAAAUGAGUACCUAUAAUAAUGUAUGUGCAAUAGUGCUGUAUAGUUUGUUGUAUGAUUAUGUUAAUUGUAAUCAAUAAAUUUUAAUUC